GCGUGCUCUCGGUUUCAUUGUGGCGGAAAUUGCGGCAACAUGAAGCGGCUGACUCUGUGUGCGCUUGUUGUCACGUUAAUCGCUGCGGUGUUCGCCAAAUCACCAUAUCAGUCUGUUCUUCAGCACAGCCGGAUAAGAGGACGACAGCAUGGCCCAAACGUUUGCGCUAUGCAGAAGAUCCAAGGAACCGAGAAGAAGUACUUUACCAACUGCAAGCAGUGGUAUCGCCGCAAAAUAUGCGGCAAACCAACUGUGAUUACCUAUGAAUGUUGCCCUGGAUAUGAAAAGAUGAUGGGAGAAAAGGGCUGUCCUGCAGUAUUACCUUUGGUGAAUAUCUACAACACCAUGGGGGUGGUUGGAGCCACUACUACUAAGAUAUAUUCUGAAAGAGCUAAAUUGAGAGAGGAAAUUGAAGGACCUGGCAGUUUCACAUUCUUUGCCCCAAGUAAUGAGGCCUGGUCUGCUCUUCCCAUUGAAAUUCUGGAUGCCUUGGUGAGCAAUGUCAACAUUGAGCUCCUCAAUGCAUUGCAUUACCACAUGAUAAACAAACGCUUGACUUCAGAUGACCUUAAGCAUGGGUCAUCCUUCUCCUCAAUGUACCAGGAUUUUGAUGUUCAUAUCCAUCACUAUUCCAAUGGUAUUGUGACUGUAAACUGUGCAAGGCUGGUGAAGACUGACCAGCAUGCAACUAAUGGAAUAGUUCACGUUGUUGACAGAGUUAUCACAGCUGUCACCAACAAUAUCCAGUCUUUUCUCGAAACUGAUGAUGAUCUGACAACCCUGCAAAAAGCUGUCGAUGAUGCUGGUCUUACCUCAGUGUUAGAGAAUCAGGGUUCCUACACUGUAUUUGCUCCAACCAAUGAAGCAUUUGAGAAGAUUCCUCCAGAGAUGAUGAACAGAAUCUUGAACGAUCCAGUUGCUCUUAAAGAUUUGCUGAAUUACCACAUCCUGAAGACCAUGCACUGUGCCGAGUCCAUUUUGGCAGGGACUCCCCUAGAGACACUUCAAGGCACAGUGCUGGAGGUGGGCUGUGAAGACGACAAAAUGACCCUCAAUGGCAAAGCCAUUGUGACAAGCAGAGACAAACUGGGCACCAAUGGAGUUGUCCAUUACAUUAAUGAGCUUCUCAUCCCUGACUCAGUUAAGACCCUGAAGGAACUUGCUGAAGGUGAUCCCCAAGUUUCCACAGCUACUAGGCUUUUCACAGAUGCUGGUCUAAAUCCUCAACUUUCGGGGUCUGAAGCAUUUACAUUGAUAGCACCUCAAGAUGAUGCUUUCAAAGGUACUGUUUCUAUGACACCUGAGAUGAGAAAACUCAUGAGGAAGCAUGUUCUGAAGGGGAAACUCUCCUCCAAGGGUUUGUACCAUGGACAGGAGCUGGAAACUCUUGAUGGAACUAAACUUAGAGUGUUUGUGUAUAGAAAUAACCUCUGCAUCGAGAAUGCCUGUAUUGCUGCCCAUGACAAAAAUGGUCGCCAUGGCACUAUGUUCAUCGUGGAUAAGAUUCUGUCUCCCCCCAUGGGCACUGUUAUGGAUGUUCUAAAGGCAGACAGUCGUUUCAGCACCUUGGUUGGCAACAUACAGAGGGCAGGCAUGACUGAGCUGCUAAACAAGAAAGGAACUUACACCAUCUUUGCCCCCACCAGUGAUGCCUUCCGUGCCAUGCCCACAGCUGAUCUCAACAAAAUUAUGAGAGAUCCCAGAGAGCUUGCCAACCUUCUGAAGUACCACAUAGGUGAGGAGUUUCUUAUUAGUGGUGGUGUGACCUCUCAUACCAGAAUGAAGCCCAUGUCAGGAGAAAAGCUCGAGCUAGGCAUGAGGAACUCCACUUUGUACGUCAAUAGGGUGCAAGUCAUUGACGGUGACAUGAUGGCUACUAAUGGAGUCGUACAUGCCAUUAAUUCAAUCAUAAAGCCACUGCCUCCCAAAGCUGUGAGUGACCAGGCAGAGGACUCUUCAGCAAAACAUACCUCUGCAGUAAGGGCUGGCAGACAAGUUCUAAAAAAGGAUGAUCUUUUCCAUAAGGUUGUGAACAGUCCUUCCAGCAGAACAAUGACUCAAGUCCAGUAAACUCAGUGAUUUUAAGAAAAACUGAAGUUAGUCCCAAUCACCACUGCUCUUGAAAGACUAACAUGCACAAUGAGUUAUUGUUCUGUAAGCAGUGAAUUGAUAAAUUAACUGAUUUACAGCAAAACUAACUUCAACACACCAAGGGAAAUGGAUACAUUAAAGGUGGAAUCAUUUUACUAUUGUAUGAGAAUACCAAAGACUGUGUUGAUGGUAAUUACUGUAGUUAUAUAUUUGUUUAAUUGACUUGUAUCUCAAUUUAAAUCUGAUUUAGAGCUCUAGAGCCAACUUUUGAGAAAUGCUUUUUAAACUUUUUAAUUUGUUUUCUACAUUUGGGUUUUUAUUUUGUUUUGUUUUUUAUUGUUUUUAUAUACAUGUAGCAUGUUUGCAUGGAUUAAGUUGGAACAAAAAUUGCUAUUCAAGCACAAGCAGUGCAGGCCAGGUUUAGAUUUUUUAGGGGCAGAAGCUGUUCCUGUGAAAAUACACUCUAUUUAGAAUUUAUUGUACACAUGUUUGACAAAAGUGUCAUUUCUGUGUACCCGCUAAGCAGACUCCUUAGCUGAGAUCUUAUAGACAAAAUGCCUGCAUGUCUCUAAUCCAGCCAAAAUAAAAGGAUCUAAAUACAUUGUAGGCUGUGAUUUCUUAAACGAAAAAGGUUAGUUUGCACAUAUUGAGAAAUACAGACAUUUACAAGAGGCUGAGGAAAAGCAAUCCUAAAGCUCAGUGAUAUCACUGUUAUGACUAUUUUGUCUGCUUAUUCCUGAUGGAGCUGAUUAAUGUGUGGAUGAACAAAGUCUUUCUGAUUAAGACACAUUUCACAAUAAAAUUCCUUUUUUUAACCCAGAGUUAUGCCUUAGAUGACUACUUAGUAAUUCUAAUGCUUGUGAAUUGCUUCCCAUUGUACUGAAACUAAUAUAUAAUAUCAUAAUUCUUAUUCCAUAAUAUAGAUGGAUUGAGCAGAGGUACUCAUAUAUCGGUCUUCCAAGAAAAGCAUUGUUCAUAACAGACACUCUGUAAUGGAAAAAAUGUGGGUCCAGAAGUUGCUUACAUGUGAACAAAGGGUAAUUAAAGUGCGUUAACAGGAUGCAGACACCCAACCUUCAAAGUAACAUUAAGGAACAUUCAUGGCAUUUUGAACUAGUUUUAUAUCUUUUAUCUCCAUCAUUCUGGAAUUUAGUGUCCCACAGUAGCCCAAGGGAUGUUACGUCUAAUGGAAUCAGGGAGGAAAACAUGUGUGCACGGUAGCUCUCUCUCUCUCAGUUGGCAGUCUUUCUAUGGCUCUGAAUGAAGCAUUUCAGCAGGUUUUUAGUCUCAGAGCCAGACAACGGCCGGCUGUUUUGAGCUGUAGGAGAGCAGUGGGCUAGUGAAAUCCAGCCAGACAUACUUACUGAAAGGUCACUGUUAAGAGAGGAGCAUGAGGACAGACCAUCUCAUGUGCAUGUUUUCAUCUUAAGGACUGCUCUUAUACAGUGCUAUUAAAAUCCAUCAAACUCUA